CUAUUUCAAAAAAUGUCCUCAGGUGGGGGAAUCACAGCGACACAGGUUAUGCAAAUAGCUGAAUCUCGAGCUGGACCAGAUCAAAUUUUGGCUCAUGAUGAAACAUCUUCUAACAUAUUACUUCAUGGUGAAAACGAUAAGAUCCGCUGUGAGAAUAAAGCAAUGCUCGAGGUUUUUAAGAAUGUGCUUUGUCCAGAUUUUAGAGGUCCUUCUUUGGUAGAGACGAACGCGAACGCAAUCUCCAAAAACUGCGUUUGGAAAACACUGUUCUCAAAGAGA